UCUAAUGCGGCUAGCCCUUCACGCGCCCAUAACCGUAUUAACGGUCACUCUGCGUCCCCCCCAAAAAAGAAAAACCGAGACCACCCCAUGAUUUCCAACGCCUCUCUCUCCAAUUCAUGAAACUCUAUUGAUCUAAAGAUGUCUGCAACUCUUGCUCUCUGCUAUUCCCACAAACCCAUCUCAUCCGAAAACAUCCGACGAGUCAACUCAGCCAAAAAGAACACGAACCCCGACCUCGCUAUCAAGCAAAGACUCACCAAAUCAUCUCGAAUUAAUAGAAAACCGUCCAAGAUUGUAAAGUUUUCAACUCGACAAAGCAAUCUCUCUGAAAUUCGGAGUCUUUUAUCGAAUGUGAAUUUGGGGUCUAUGGAAGAUGCACUCCAUCUGUUUGAGAAUAUGACUAAAUGUGACCCUUUUGUUUGGAAUGUUAUAAUCAGGGGACUAACUAGCAAUGGGUAUUUUCAAGAGGCCAUUGAUUUUUAUUAUCGAAUGCAAUUCGAAAGAGUACGAUCUGACAAUUUCACCUACCCAUUUGUGAUUAAGUCGUGUGCCGGGUCAUAUUCUUUGAUAGAAGGACAGAAAGUUCACUCAAAGUUGAUUAAAGUUGGAUUUGAUUUGGACCUUUACAUUUGCAAUUCCCUUAUUGCUAUGUAUGCAAAGCUCGGGUGUAUUGAGCUUGCUGAGAGGGUGUUUGAAGAUUUGCUGGUUAGAGAUUUGGUUUCUUGGAAUUCAAUGAUUAGUGGGUAUGUUUCAGUCGGGGAGGGUUGGAAUGCGUUGGUGUGUUUCCAGGAAAUGCUGGCCAUUGGAUUGAGAGCUGAUAGGUUCAGCAUAAUUAGCAGUCUUGGAGCGUGUUCUCUUGAGUGUACGCUGCGAUACGGGAAGGAAAUUCAUGGACAAGCAAUCAGACGUGGAUUUGAAUCAGAUGUGAUGGUUCAGACAUCAGUCGUUGAUAUGUAUGCAAAAUGUAGUAGAGUGGAUUAUGCAGAGACAUUUUUUCAAACAAUUUCUGAGAAAAACAUUGUUCUUUGGAAUGCUAUGAUAGGUGGAUUUGCUCUAAACAGGCAACCUUUAGAGUCAUUUGUUUGCUUGAAGAAGAUGCAAGAGGAUGAUAACUUGACUCCUGACAUGAUCACUGCAAUAAAUUUUCUCCCAUCUUGUGCACAAAUUGGAGCUCUCUUUCCCGGUAAAACUAUCCACGGUCUAACCAUUAGAAAAGGGUUUCUCCCUCAUUUGGUGCUCGAGACUGCUCUUGUUGACAUGUAUGGAAAGUGUGGGUAUCAAAAACUCGCAAGAAAAAUUUUCAGUCACAUGAGUGAAAGAAAUCUAGUUUCUUGGAAUGCCAUGAUUGCUGCUUAUGUUCAGAAUGGUUGUAACAGAGAGGCCUUGGAACUGUUCCAGGACUUAUGGAGAGAGCAUUUUAACCCAGAUGCAACAACAAUAACUAGUAUUUUACCUGCAUAUGCUGAAGUAGCCUUGCUCAGAGAGGGGAAGCAAAUCCAUGGUUACGUCAUAAAGCUAAAUCUUUGUUCAAGUACCUUCAUCUCAAAUUCAAUUGUUUACAUGUAUGCAAAAUGUGGGGAUCUCAAGACUGCAUGGAAAAUUUUUGAUGGGAUGUUGUUUAAGGAUAUCAUUUCAUGGAACACAGUCAUUAUGGCUUAUGGUAUUCAUGGGUUUGGUGAAAAUUCAAUUAAAUUGUUUUCUGAAAUGAAGGAAGAGGAUAUCAAACCCAAUGCGAGUACCUUUGUUUCCCUGCUGUUAUCUUGCAGCAUUGCUGGCAUGAUCGAUCAAGGAUGGGAGUACUUCAGUUCAAUGAAAAACGACUAUGGGAUUGAACCAGGAAUAGAGCACUAUGGUUGUAUAGUUGAUAUUCUUGGCCGUUCUGCAAAUCUUGACCUAGCCAAGCGUUUUAUCGAUGAAAUGCCACUGGCCCCAACAGCAAGGAUAUGGGGGUCUUUGCUCUCAGCCAGUAGACACAACAGAAACAUAGAAUUAGCCGAGCUUGCAGCUGAGCACAUUUUGUCCUUGGAACAUGAUAAUACUGGUUGCUACGUCUUGCUUGCAAAUAUGUAUGCUGAAGCUGGAAGGUGGGAAGAUGUAGAACGGAUUAAACAUCUUAUGAAGAAUCAAGGAUUGGAAAAAACCACUGGGUAUAGCACGGUUGAGAACAAUAGUAGGACUUUCAAGUUUGUCAACCAAGACAGGUCUCAUAUCGACACCAGCUUAAUAUAUGAUGUUCUAAACAUUAUCUCAAGGAAGAUUAGUGAAGACAUAUACAUUCAUAGUCUCACCAAGUUCAGGCCACUAGACUUGAUACGAAAAAGAUCAACCGCUCCUGAAUGUCACAGUGUUAGAUUAGCAAUUUGUUUUGGCCUGAUAGCUGUAUCACUUGGAAAUCCUGUUCUUGUUAGGAAAAACAUCAGAAUAUGCGAAGCUUGCCAUGGUGCUGCAAAGAAGAUUUCAGAGGUUACUGGAAGAGAGAUAGUAGUGGGAGAUCCGAAGAUGUAUCACCACUUCAGAAAUGGUCGAUGCUCAUGUGGAGAUUAUUGGUGAUUGGUUCUUUGAAUCGCGCAAAUAUAGAACUGCGAAUGAGUGUAGAUACACAUUUGUGACAAUGUAAAAAUCUCAUGAUCCGUUAGUGAAAUUUUCCCAAAGGAACGAUAAAACCACUUCUUGAUUUUCUGGUGGUGAUAUUGAUACUAUUUUUUUGUGUUGGUCCAACUUCUUAGCAUUGGACUGUUGUGUGAUUAUGGAAGAUAGUUACAUUCAUUCCCUUUGCUCA